AUGUUAAGCUUCCACUCCAUCGCGCCUGUUCGUCUCACCCAGGCCACCGAGAAGAGGCCACCACCAAAGCCUAAACCGCCAACGGCCAUGACAGACACUCAGGUCGCUUCGCACGGCGCAGUUCCGGGAGCCACCGAUGCCAAUGGACCCGCUCACGUGAAGGACUUCAAGACAGAACGCGAGCCAGGGUCAGUUGUACCAGAAGGGCAGCGGGACUCGGGCAUCGAUUUGUCGCAUGACGAAGCCGAAGCACAUCAGGAUACUGCGAAUCACGAGAACCACAGUCAUACCACAAGCACGUUGAGUCCUCCGACAGAAGAAUCACAUACGAUGGCGGAUGCGCAGGAGGAACAUCAUGAGGCUUCCCAGCCAGUAUUCUCGAGCCAGGAAGUAACGGACACAGCCGAUAACGACACCGAGGCUGGUCCAUCCCGCGAUCAGGCGCCCCCCAACAAUACACCACCGCCUGGGGAUAACGCGCUCGUCAGGCCAGUCCCCCACCGCGGUGAGAGCACAGUCAACGCGGUGGGCUACCGUCGCAACUCGGAGACGGUGAUCGCAUUCCUGGUCCCGCUCCCCAAGCCCACCAUCCAAGGGUCAACUCUAGACAUACCCGCGAAAUACUUCCUCUACGUGCCCCCUGCGCCGCCCUUGGUCAAGCCGAAGCGAGGAAAGGAACCCUACGCCAGGAGAGCCCAUCGGGUCUGGCAGCAUAACGUCCGUAAGGCCAAGGCCAAUGCCCAUAACGGCAAGCGCGUCUCGCUCAGCGCAUUGCACAGCGCCACGAUCCGGGGAUGCCUCUGGGCGUCAGAGAAACGAAAAGGCACCGACGACGGCGCUGUCUUCCUCGGCCGCAUCCAGCCGGAGACAGUGGCGCAUUUGGUCAUGAUCCACCCAUGGGCGCUCUCCACCGACCAGACGCCCGAGGAGAUCCUCAAGACAUUUCGCGCCCAGAUCACAGCCAACAAGGCGAGUUCGAUCGUGAAGAUCCUUACCAGGAAGAUGGGACCGGAGCCAAAGACUCUACAGGUCAGCCCAAAAGCGAUCAUUGAUGACACACGCGGACCGCGGGAAAGUGAGAGCUCGGAGGAAGAGGAGGUUGUCGUAGGGGUGACGGAGAGCGAGCAGCCACAAGCGAGCCGAAAGGAAAAGCUCAGGGCAUCGUUUGAUUCCGCCAAGUUGCGGAACUCUGUGGCUGCCAUCAAGAGUCAGAUCCAGCAGCGGGGACGCAAGAGGCACCGGGACGGCAGCCCAAGUGCAGCCGCCCCAGACACACCGGAGAAUGUGGAGCCCGACGCCAACUUGACAGAAGGCGAGCUCGAGCACCACUCCGAAGAAGAAGCCCCAGGGGCCGCAGGGCUCGUCGACGCCGAAGGCGAGCCUUUCACAGGCCAUCAGCUAGGGGAGAUCCCCGAGGAGGGGUUUCUCGAGCACUUCGAGGAGACGGUCGAAGAGACUCCGGACGCAUCUGUCGGACAGGCCGGCGGAGGCCUGUUUGCAGGGAGCUUGGACGCUGGCAAUGUUGCCGAGAACGACUCGCAUGCCAAGAAAGGCUCACGAUUCCAGCUGACCUUCUACCCCUCGCCGGCGAUGGACAUCAUGUCACGAUAUGUACAGGAGAGUUGUCACACGGCAAAUGGACACGCUUUCCCCAGCCCGGCAGCAGUGCCUACUGCGGCCGGAGUGCUGGCGAGCAUAGGGUGGGAACCGGAAAGGAGGGUGCCGGGCGACGCAGACGAACAGAUGGAGGAUGAGAACUGGCAAGCUCGCGAAACCGAAGAAGAUCUUGAGGCCAUUACCGCCAAGGCAGCCAGGGCGUGGGAAAAGCAGUGCCGUAAAUACGUGCGGCAGUCGAAAGGAGGGCGGCUGAGCGGGGACAAGAAGUCUGGCAGGUUCGCCAUACUGGUAGCCCGAGUACGACCACAAAAGCCUGCCAAAGGAAAGCAGACGGAGGGUCAGCCAGAGGCGUCACCGGCGGAAAAGAAGGGCAAGGCCGCAGCUCUCAAGCAGCGCCUGGCUGCGAUCAAGGACAAGCGCAGUGGGAAGCCACAAACCGAGGAAGCCGAGCCGACCGAGAAGCAGAGCAAGAAAGAGAAGGCCCAGAAGGCUGCGGGCAUCAUCUUGUUCCCAGUCAUCGUCAUCCUGGGCAUACCAAUCCUGAUCGGCAAGGGCAUUGCGAGCGGCUUCAAAAAGGUCAAAGACCGCAAAACCAAGACGGACGAGGACGCCGAGGGCACGCAGCAGCAGGAGGCGAAGACCAGUAGGCGUGCUGCCAUGAAACAUCGUCUGAGUGAGCGGAGCGGGAGUGUGAAACAGGGCCUGAGCACCCGACGAGAGGCCAUCAAGAAACGUCUAGCAGAGCGCAAGGCAAACAAGACCGACGCUAACGCCGCUAACGACCCAACACCACCCACGGCCGCAUCGCACGACGGCCAGGAGGUGGACGCAGCAGUCGAGGCUCAUGAUCCUGCUGCUGCUGCUGGAGACCCGACCGCCGCCCAGGCCGGCUUGACAAAGAAACAGCGUCUCACCAGCUUCUUAGUCGCGGGCCCCUUGGCGAUCAACCACAUGAUCGAGAAGCGGCGACGGGGAACGGACCAGGCGACAGCAACGACCACAGAAGAUGCCACACCCAAGGACAAGAAGGCCAGCAGGCUUGCAGGGGCGAAAGAGCGCGUCAAGGCGCUCCGCACAAGAGUCAACAAGGAGGCCAGGUUUGCAAAGCUCAAGGCGCGCUCCAGGGCCCUCCAAGAGCGUAGGCAGAACAGGAAGAAUGUCAAGAAAAGCGCCCGCAGCAACGGCGAUACGGAGACGGCGUCCCAGAUAGACAGCGGCAACAACGAAACCAGCGUCGUCAAGAGACACAGCGCCAUAGCUGGUCUCGCCGCCGCCUGUGUGGCACUGCCAGCCGCCAAGAUCAAGCAGGCGCGCGACAAGCGCCGCAAGGACAUGGCCGCCGAGAGCGUGGAGGGCGCUGCUGCUGCCGCGCGCGGGGAGCACGUCACGGCCAACAACCCGUCGGUGGCUGAGGCGCAGGAGUCGGCGUCGCCACCGUCGAGGGCGAGUGGGGUCCGGCUCGUACCCUCGGAUCCCGAGAUGCUCGAGCCUGCUGUUGACUCAUUCAGGCCGCCGGAGAAUGGGCAGAGCGAGGUACCGGUCCAGCAGGCAGCUCGGACUGAGCCCGAAGCACUCCCAGAGGCCAGCAGUGGCGAUGCUGGCUCGCCCGCUGUUGCUACCGCUGCCGCCGCCGCCACCGCCUCCGAUGGCGACAAGGACAAUGCAGGGAGGUCUGCAGCGGCAGUAAAAUUCCAGUCAAUCCGGGAUGGGCUCGGAAACGCCAGGGCGGGUAUUGGAAGUGGGAUCACGAACUUCGCCGCGAGAAGACGGGCUACUGGGCAGAACGAGGCCCCGGUCGACGAGGAGACUCAGAGGCCGCAAGCUGAGACCAUGGAUAGUGCCGAGACCCGCGUGGAGGCGAAUGCUCCCACUAGGGAGCCGAACGCACAGCCUGCCCCUGCACCGCAAGACACCGCAGCCUCCGGCGGAAGGUUCAAGUCCAUCAAAGACGGGAUCGGCAGCGGGAUUGAGGGCCUCAAAGCAAAGAGGCAGCGUGAGAAGGAGCCACGGCCACAGGGGGGGGAGACAACAGCAACCGCAGCCGACGCCAAAAAGGACACUGCUUCUCCUGGAGCGAGAAUUAAGGCGCUCAAGGACGGCAUCGGGGCUCGGAGAGCGAAGGCGGGUGAGAGUGACGCCAGCGCGCCGGUGAAGACCGAGAAGAGCAAGCAGGAGAAGCAACACACGCAGAAGGAAUCCAAUUCGGGGAUCGUCGAUCGGGUAAGGUGGUUUCUGUACGCGGCUUGA